AGAGAAAGGACUUACAUACUGACCUUUACAUAUCAGGAUAGAACACGAUUCACACCAACAGGAAACUGUCCCCAUGGCUCAGCGUGUGACUCCUGAUGUUCUUAUGCUCGUGCUACCCAUAGUGCUGCUGGUGCUGUUGACACCUUUUAGCUGGAGCUCUGAUGCACUGGGCCCGGGCUGCCACCUUUACCCAAUUAACAUGACUAUCAGGAGUGACAGGAAGGGAACAUGUCAAGGAGCCCGUGUGGUGUACGCCUGUGUGGGAUACUGUGACUCUAGUGCAUUUCCCUCCCGCUACUCUGUCCUGCUGGCAUCUAACUUCACUCAUAACAUCACGUCUGUUUCGCGUUGCUGCACUAUCAGUAAAGCCAUCAAGGUCAAAGUUCCUGUGGAAUGCCCUGAAGGCCAUCACCAUGACAGCAUUGAGAUCCUAACAGCGCAGGCCUGCCGUUGUCAUAUGUGCCACAAGGCUCGUUACUAAGCCACCAUAGUAACAACAGUUUAGCUUGUGUUACAUCGACAUAUACUACUGCGAGAGAGAGAGAGAGAGAGAGAGAUGCAGAAGAAAGAAAGAAAGAAAGAAAGAAGCAAAUUAUCACACAGAUUGCAAAUUAUACGCAAAAGCACUCGGCUACUUCAUUCUUACUGAACUACUGAUAUUUUUUUUUUCUUUUAAAUUGUUACAUGUUAUAUGUUUAUUAUGGUGUGAACAAACAAAAAUGGCAAUAAUGCACUUAAACUUUGUAUGGCUAAAAAACGAGUCAGACUUUAAUGCUUUUAUGUCUCCAAUGAAUGUACAAAAUUAAUUAAU